CUGCUCCUGCUAUGUUUCUUUGUCGUUUACAAGAAUCAAUAGAAAGACCAGGUAGAAGGAAACAACCCGUUGAAUUCCUUUGCACCAAAGUCAAAACUUGGAACCAUUCUAUCUAGAAACCAACCAUAUACAGUAUUCAUGGAAGAUUCAUGUAUGCGUGUCUCACGGUUUGCUUCUCAUAUUUGAACACUAUCAAUGAAAAAGUAGUAUCAUUAGUAAUUCACAACUAAAAGCUUCAAAGGAAGAAUAUUAUACAAACAAGAGGAUCAAUGGAAUGUUCUGUUCCUUUUAACAACAAGAAUUUGGAUGUAAGCUUCUUUGUUUUCAAGCCAACUGUUGUAAUCGUAGAUGAUCUUGUUCAUGGUCUCAAACAGUUCUCCUUAACCACUCAGAGCCUUGGUUGUGUUCAAAGCUCUAUAUUUAGGAGCAUCCAUGGAAAUAUGAUCAUAUGGUAUGGAGCUUGGCAGAAGCAGUCAAGUAAGGAAAAGGAGCUUCUUACCUCAACUCUUAUAUCAAUGCUGACCAACUUAUCAAGCAUGUCAGUGUUAGUUGAACAUAGUUUUCUUGAAGCAUACGCUGGAGAUUCAAGAGAUGGCACCCCUGCUGCAAAAUUCUCUACUGGGGAUAUAAUAUCCAUGAACACAGCAGUUUCUACUAGUAGUGACCUUAAUGAUUUCUGCUACGCCGUCCUAGCAAUUUUCAGGUCUCGUUUUGCCAAGAUAGAAGGCAUAACUUCAGGCAUAUGCUUGAAAGCACAAAGCAUGCCCAGAGUGGUAUGCAUCCAUGUAUGGAAGUCUCUCCAUUUUUGUUACUCGUGGAUCCUCCGCUCGGACCAGAGAAAAUGGAUGAUGCCCUAUCUUGAACGCUUCUCUGUGGAAAUGAAGUAUGAUAUUUUCCGAGUAGUCUAUGUUAGUAGUGAUGAUGAAGUUGACCUUAACUACAUUUCUCCUCAUCAGAUGUUAGGAAAUGGGGAAGAGAGCAGACAAGGGCAGGUUAUGCAGAACUGAUAUUCCUGUGAAAGAUUUGAAGUUUUGAACCAUAAAUGUUCUUUACCUUUUCUUGUAAAUGUUGUAAAUUCCUUUUUCAAAAUCAAUGUAAGGAUUAGAGAUCAAUGGAAGAAUAACAAUUGAAUUCUCUUUUUUCA